GUAUCUUAACUAACUGGAAUUUAAGUAAAAAUGUAAAACACUAAAAGUUAAAAUGGAACAAAUAUAAAUGAUGGUGGAAGAUAAUUCAAAUUUACAGAGAAAUGUAAUCUUAAUUUCUUUUCUCCCAGGCCCUCAGAGCUAUUGACACAAAAAAAUGAGUGGUAAAUUCCAGGGAAUAUAUAAAAUUAUUCAAAAUAUGCUCUUUUAAUCUUGUUGGGGAGGGAAAUAUUAUGAGUGACAUCUAAGCUGAUUUAGCAGAAAUAAGUAAGAUUCUUUGUAUGAUGGUUUCACAAAAACGGUGCAGUAUUAAGUUAGGACUCUAAGCGUCGCUGUUCACUAAUCCGGGCAAAGAAAGCAAUGAUAACUCGAGUAAUACCCUCCAGCACAAAGCAGAUCAGACACCAUAGCUCUCCAGCUGCGCAGAUAUUCUAAUCUAAAAUGCUUCGCAUCUGACUUCUACUUGUUCACGGACUUUGGCUUCUAAUUCGGAGAAGCACAAAAAAGUGAUUGUGAACCUGCUCGCCCUACUCGCAAUCCCCAGGAAGUCCAUAAGGAGCCAGCCAUGGCAGCUCUGCAAAAGCGCCGGCACCAGAGAGGAUUAGUGGUGCUCUUCAUUCUCCUGGGGAUUCUGGGCGGGGCUGGGGCCAGGCAGAUCCAUUAUUCCAUUCCCGAAGAACUGGACAAAGGUUCCUUCGUGGGAAACAUCGCUGACGAUCUGGGGCUGGAGCUCCAGGAGCUGGGGGAGCGUGGAGUCCGCAUCGUCUCCAGAGGUAGGACGCAGCUCUUUGCUCUGAACUCGCGAAGCGGCAACUUGGUCACUGCGGACAGAAUAGACAGGGAGGAGCUCUGCGCCCAGACUGCGCGGUGUCUGGUGAGUUUUAACAUCCUUAUUGAGGAUAAACUGAAUCUUUAUUCUGUAGAGGUGGAAAUAGUGGACAUUAAUGAUAAUACACCCCAAUUCUUUAGGGAAGAAUUAGAAGUAAAAAUUCCGGAAAAUGCACUCCCAUCCUCUCGUUUUCCACUAAUGGAGGUCUAUGACUUGGAUGUGGGAAUGAACUCUCUUCAAGGCUUCAAACUCAGCAAGAAUAGUCACUUCUCAGUAGAUGUCCGGAGUGAAGCUGAUAGGCCUAUAUACCCGGAACUGGUGCUUGAGCAUGCUCUGGAUCGAGAAGGAGAGGCCAUUCACCACCUCAUCCUCACUGCUGUGGAUGGGGGUGAACCUGUCCGCUCAGGCACUGCUCGAAUACAAGUAACUGUCUUAGACGUGAAUGACAAUGCUCCAGUAUUUACUCAGCCUGUGUACCGCGUGAGUGUUCCCGAAAACCUGCCAGUAGGCACACCAGUGUUGUCGGUAAAUGCUACUGACCAGGAUGAAGGAGUCCACGCAGAGAUAAGGUAUUCCUUCCUGAGGGUAACAGAAAAGAUCUCAAAGAUUUUCUGCUUGAAUGUUUUCACUGGAGAAAUCUCAACCUCUGCAAAUCUAGACUAUGAGGAUUCAAGCUUUUAUGAGCUGGAGGUUGAAGCCAGAGAUAGGCCAGGUCUACUCGACAGAGCAAAAGUCUUAAUAACUAUCUUGGAUGUAAAUGACAAUGUACCAGAAGUGGUGGUUACAUCUGGGAGCAGAUCAAUUGCUGAAAGUAUGCCUCCAGGAACAGUAAUCGCUCUUUUUCAAGUGUAUGAUCGAGACUCUGGAUUGAAUGGCCUGGUAACAUGCUCCAUCUCAAGAAGUAUGCCAUUUGAACUGGAAAAAUCAGUAGACAAUUAUUACCGAUUAGUGACCAAGACAGUACUAGAUCGAGAACAGGUAUCCUUGUAUAACAUCACUGUGACAGUCACAGACAAAGGAAUUCCGCCUCUGUCUACAGAAACAGUUAUUUACCUAAACGUGGCAGAUACCAACGACAACCCACCUGCCUUCCCCCACUCCUCCUAUUCUGUCUACAUUCCUGAAAACAACCCCAGAGGUGCCUCCAUCUUCUCUGUGACUGCA